AUGAGCAGCAUCCACAGGCGUCGCCCUGCAGCAGCAGCAUUGGUGGACACGGGCGGCAGCUGCAAGAGCGGCGCACUCGCGUGCGAUACGCAAGGAGCGGCCGGUGCGGCGGUAGACAUGACGGCGACCUUCAACCAGCCCAGAGCAGCAGUCUGGACACCCAUCGCGGCGCAGACGCGGCGCAGUGGCGGCAAGGCGUGCGAUGCGCCGCCGCCGGAGCGGAGGGCGGCGCGGCGGGCAAAACAUCCACCGUGGGUCCUC